AUGCUACGAAACGUCGUCAAAUGUCUGUUGCGCCCCGGCGCGGAGACGCGCAACCCCGUCGUUACGGUGCUGGCUCAUCGUGUAGCCAGAGCAUCCACUACGACGACAAAACCUCAAAAACCCCAAUUACGCGACUACCAGCAAGAGUGCAUCAGAUCAGUCCUUAACAGCUUAAAAUCCGGCCAUAAGCGAGUUGGAAUCUCACUGGCAACCGGAAGCGGGAAGACCGUCAUCUUUACACAACUCAUUGACAAGGUCAAUGCGCGCGAAGACUCUGGCGGAGAGCGCACGCUCAUCCUCGCGCAUCGCCGCGAGCUCGUCGAGCAGGCCGCGCAUCACUGCCGCCUGGCCUAUCCGGACAAGACAAUAGAGAUUGAGAUGGGCUCGCUGCACGCGACGGGCACCGCCGACAUCACCAUCGCCAGCGUCCUGAGCAUCAUUUCGCGGGACCGCCUGCUCAAGUUUGACCCAUCGCAGUUCAAGCUGGUCCUCGUCGACGAGGCGCACCACAUUGUCGCCGCAGGCUAUCUACGCACCCUCAAACACUUUGGGCUCGACGCCAAGCAGGCGGUCUCGCCCGUGCUAGUCGGCGUGUCGGCCACAUUCUCGCGCUUCGACGGGCUCAAGCUAGGAGCCGCCAUUGACGAAAUUGUCUACCACCGCGACUACGUAAAUAUGAUUGCCGAUAAGUGGCUCACUGAUGUCAUUUUCACCACGGUCGAGUCAUCGGCGAACCUCUCUGCCGUCAAGAGCGGCGCCUUUGGCGACUUCCAGACAGGCGAGCUCUCACGCGUAGUCAAUACGGCCCCCGUCAACGACGUCACGGUGCGCAGCUGGAUGGCACGCGCUGGCGACCGCAAGUCGACGCUCGUCUUCUGCGUCGACCUCGCACACGUCGCCGGACUCACACAGACUUUUCGCCGCCACGGUUUCGAUGCACGCUAUGUCACCAGCGACACGCCGCGCGCAGAGCGCGCCGAACUCCUUGCCGCCUUUAAGCGUGCCGAAUUUCCUGUGCUCGUCAACUGUGGCGUCUUUACCGAGGGCACCGACAUCCCCAACGUCGACUGCAUUGUCCUUGCGCGCCCUACGCGCUCGCGCAAUCUACUCGUGCAAAUGAUUGGCCGCGGCAUGCGCCUGCACCCGGGCAAAAAAAACUGUCACAUCCUCGAUAUGGUAUCGUCGCUCGAUACAGGUAUCGUCACCACCCCGACCCUCUUCGGUCUCGACCCCAACGAGCUCGUUUCCGGCGCCUCCGUUGCACAGAUGCGCGGCCUUCAGCAGAAGCGUGACGCCGAGAAGCUUUCCAGCGCCGAAAAGGGCCCCGUCGGCGGGACCGAUGAGAUCAGUCCCGCGGCCGCCGUCACCUUUACCGACUACUCGUCCGUGUUGGACCUUAUUGCUGACACCUCGGGCGAGCGCCACAUCCGCGCUAUUAGCAUAUACGCCUGGGUUCAGGUCGGACCAGAGCGCUUUGUGCUCUCUGCGCCGAGUGGCUCUUACAUUCGGCUGGAACGCAUUGCUGAUUCUAGUACCAACAGCACAAACACCAGCAGCAUCAACGGUCCACUCACCUCAUCCUCAUCCUCCUUCCCCUCCCCCUCCUCUACACCGACUCCUGCCAAGCCCUUGUACCGGGCCGUCGAGAUUCGCGCUCUCCCACCCGGCUGCCGGGCACCAUACGCCGCGCCGCGCGAGAUUCUCACCGCCUCCACGUUCCAGGAUGCCGUGCACGGUGCCGACAGCUACGCGCAGCAGGCCUUUCCGCACAGCUUCAUCCACCGCGCACAGCCGUGGCGCCAAGGCAAACCCACGCGCGGCCAGCUCGACUUUAUCCAAAAGCUGCGCGGCGGCACGCAUCCGCGGCUGGCAGCCAAGGACCUGACCAAGGGCAAGGCCGCGGACAUGAUCACCAAGUUCAAGCACGGCGCGCGCGGACAGUUUGCCAAGCUAUACGCGGAGCAGAAACGCCGCGAAAAGAAGACGGUGGCAUUUAGCGAGUUGCGGCAGCGCGAGCAGGUCCGCGUCGGACCGGUCAUGACUUGA